AUGGGCUACACAGUAAUCAUCUCCCAUCCAGCAUCCAGACAUUCUAAAGCCCAAAGCACCAAAUCUAACCAAAGCCAGCGCUCAAAAGACCCCCCAGAAAAGCCCCCAACCCUAAAACAAGACCACCAAAUCUUCAUCACAAUCCACCACCGCAACGAACUCUCCCUCGACAAAAGCAGACGCGACCUCGGCUCCAGCGCCUACCACUGGGGCAUCCUCCUCGCACCCCGACGCUCCCGAGGCGCCAACUGCCACGCCUUCGACGUAACCGACGGCUCGUCUCCAGACCCGUUGGUACGGAAGGACAACAACCCCAACUUCGAAUGGAAGUUCCGAGUGAAGAAAAACGUCAACCCGGACCACAGCGGGUCACUACUGUUGAGGAUUCGAAUCGGCAAGAUCAGGGAUAGCAAUAGCAGCGGCCAUGCAUUCGACAACAUCGAUACCCUCCUACGGUCUAUCCCGCUGCCAGUGAAGGACAAUGAUAGAUCCACGCCGAGCCAGAACUGCGUCGGGUGGGUUCAGGCAGCUAUUCGGAAAUUGCAGAUGAAUGGACUGGCUGAGGACUUCGACGUGGAUUUCUUCAUGGCGAAUGCUCUGGCUUUUGUGGAUCGGCGCUUGGCUGAUGUUGACCAUGUGCCUGGAGUUAUCAAUCACUUGGGAAAGAGGAUUCGAAGUGGAUGUUAUUGA